AUGACACAAAACUCCAGCCUACCUACCGAGAUCCGCCACAACGCCCUCCUUCAACUUCUUUCCAACUCGUUGGUCUUGAACCACACAACACCCUACCUGUCUUCCUACGAUGUCUUGAAUCUAGCAGCCACCUCGCGUACCUUCCGAUAUAUCGUCUACUCCACGCCCCAUAUCUUUAGCCGUUUGGACCUUACUACUGUCAGGAAGGCACAGUACAUCGACGAGAAAUCCGGUCGUGGUGGCGAGCCAGAUGGAGACCAGACGGAAGACGACGUCUACUCGGGCCAACUCCGUCGUAUCUUUACCAGUCUUCGGUGCCUUGAUAUCCUUCGGCAUGUCCAAGUCCUUUGCCUCGACGGACUCUCCGUCACCUCCGAGCUAGUCCACGAAAUCCUCACCGAACCGACAUACUCGGUCAAGAUCCUCUCGAUCCGUGAUGUGGUGAACAUGAACGAAGGGAAGCUCCGUGCUACCCUGCAAUAUGCCUGUCGACCAUCAAGACCUGAGGGGACACCGCGCUUGAAGGGCCUCUACGUUUUUGGGCCCAAGGACUCGGCACGCCCUGCCUUGACCAGCUCGGGAGCAUCUACUCCGACCUCAACAUGCUCAUCGAUCUCGUGGGACGCCGGUGCUGGUGGAGCUGAUCAGGAGCCCGAGGCGUGGUAUGCCAAACGCGGCGCUCAGUUCCCAGCCCUGGGUGGAAGUGGAAAUGCUUCCAAAUGGACACCAUGGGCCUCCACACUCGUCGCAUGCCACGGCAUCAUCGCCUUCGACGCCGUCCUCUGCACCGGGCCAAGACACCUAAACUCUCGCGCGUGGGGAACAGUGGACAUCCAAGCGCUGAACGCCGCGGGCAAUCCAGCAUCAGCAGAUGUCCCCAUCCACGCUGUCGCCACGCACAGCCUGGGCGGUUGUGCCGGCUGCGGCUCAGCUCCCGAGGGAUGGACGAUCUGGGGCGAGGAACCGCCGACAGAGCGUGAUCCCUACGAGAGAAGGGCAAGCGAAGGCGGCACGAUGACAACGGAUAUCGGCCGGUUCCCAUUGCUUGCGCCGCCGCCUAUGCACUCGGUCAGCCUGAAAUCUGCCAUGUGUCCGACCGGCCAGUCGGUCUAUACCCGUCUUUCGCAGUUUAGGAGCAAGGGCGAACAGGCCCGAUUCAUCCCGCGCUGCUAUGACUGCAUCCGUGAUCGGUACUGCACGACCUGCAACAAGUGGUGGUGCGAGGCGUGUUACGUUGGACCUUGGGCGUCGGUUCCUGAUGGUGAGGCUUCGCGAGCUAAGAUGGCUGAUCUUGCCCGAGUAUCCAAGAGUUGCUGGGAGUGCGGCAUGAACUGUCGCGACUGCAUCAACGACACCCAAAGAAUGUGCCAACGCUGCGGCGGAGGCUAUUGUAUGAUUCAUAACGAGGGUUCGAACCAUACCACUUGCGACUGGUGCUCCGCUAGAGGGAGGGCCGGUGUGAGACACCCUGAGCUCUACUAACUGCACAGUCGCUUCACCCUCAUGCGACAUCACGGCGUGAAGUCGGUGUCCUGGGUAGGCAGAAGGUGGAAGUUUUCUCGAUGAGUUGGGCUUCCGGUUGGUUGACGUCGAGGACGCAUCUCUUC